UUUAAGCGCGAAGUGAAGAGGCAGGAACGAAAAGUGGAACAUUUUCUCCUACUGUAAAGGUGAAAAACACCGUGUUUAUCUGAGAUAUUACCUCUGAAAACGACGUUUAAGAAGAGCAACGGUGACAGUCAUGAGUUUACUAGCCGUAGUCGAGCACGCCGCUAAAGAAGGACAGACCAUUUGAAGCUUUUGGAGUCACUCUGAACUGAGCAGCCCGACAUCUGGGAUUAUCAACAACAGUCACUGAAAGCAAGCUGCUGCCCAGAUUUGACUUAGUUUGAGAAGAGGCGUCUCAUUUUUGUACUUGAGUGUACAUUUCACAUCCCAGGCUAGCCAUUUGUCGGACGUGCUACGAAAAAAGCGGGCCACGAUGGUGAACAGCCGUGUGGAGUCGUCGGCCGUGGCUGUGACAGGAGGCAGUGGCGGCGCUGUCCGCUCAUGUGCUGGCUGUGGUGGCCGUAUUUCUGACCGCUUCCUGCUCUUCUCCAUGGAGCGCUACUGGCACACACGCUGCCUGAAGUGCUCGUGCUGCCAGGCCCAACUGGGUGAGAUCGGCACCACCUGCUACAGCAAAGGGGGCAUGAUCCUCUGCAGGACUGACUACAUCAGGCUGUUUGGUCACAGUGGGGCUUGCAGUGCAUGUGGACAGUCGAUUCCAGCCAGCGAGAUGGUGAUGAGGGCGCAGGGCAAUGUCUACCACCUUAAGUGUUUCACAUGUGCCACAUGUCGGAACCGUCUGAUGCCUGGGGACAGAUUCCACUAUGUCAAUGGCACCAUCUUUUGUGAGCAUGACCGGCCUGGUGGAGCCCUGCUCAGCAGUCACCUGACCCCCUUGCAGAACAGCACCCUCCUGCCUGACCAGAAGGUGUGCUGAGGGGACAAGGACUUCACACUGCACGGCGUGCCUUCUCCUUGUCCUUCUUUUUCUCUGCUUCUUCUUCUCAGUCUCUCUUCUCCUUCUUCUUCACAUCGUGAAAAGUCCACUCAUAUACAAGACACUGGUGUCCCUCCAUUCUGUGCAUCAACCCACCUUAAAGGAACUCUUGAGGCUGGAUUUCUGAACGCCUCUCAAAUCUGCAGGGUAAGCUGAGCAAGCAUAAAAGGAAGAUGGAGAGAACUGAACUUACUGUUAAUGACAGCUGAGGGUUGCUUUUGGUGGUCCCGAGUGGGACUGUAUGAACUGUAAACUGUGACUGCUGAGAAGCCCUAACCACAGGAUAUGAGGAUGACCCACACUUGCAAUGCUGUUUUUAUGAUUUGAUAUUAAGACAUUUUUUGAGGGCAUUGUGGAUGUUCAGCACUCUGGACGGUGAGGCGCUGUGGACGUUGCUGUACUUGCUUUUUCCAUUAUGGAUGAUUCAGAUCGUUGCCUCUUCCUUUUUGCUUCUCUGCUCGUUCCUUAGAGAAAGACUUCAUAUUUUGUGGUUUGUACUCUGUUACGACACUAUUUGCGUAACUUAUGAUUGUUUUGUACCGCUGGUGGUUGCCUGUUUCACAUCAUUGACUGGAAUUCACAUUGUCAAUGGUGGGUCGGAUGUACAUGUCCUGCUUUUGGGCAACUUGAGAAGCAAGAGAGAGGAGAACCCAAAUGUGUAUAUUCCCUUUCUUGUGCUGUCAUCUCGUGUGCUUCAAUGGCUGAAUUUUGUGUUUGUGUCCUCUGUUGUUAAAGCAGAGGUGCAUUUAAAGUGAUAUAAAAUAUCUGUAUAGUAAAAAAAAGUACUUAUUAAAUACCUAUAACCAA